AUGGUAACCCCUCCGAAAAUCGAUUUCGCUGAUGCGAUCCAAGAUUCGCCAAAAUUCCGUGCCACAAUUUCACAACAUACUAUUUAUUUCAAUAGAUUAGAAAGUAGAUUAAAUGAGAUAUUAAGGCAUAUCAAUCAGAUGAUCGAUCAAAGUAAGAAUUAUGUUCAAACUUUUUAGUAAGUUUUUUAUCUGAUUUUUAAAAAAAUAUUUAUAUCAAAAAUGUAAUUUUCAGUAAAUUGACUGUCUCGGUGAAUCAAUUAUGCGAUGAAAGUUUUUCCGAUAACCCACUGGCUACUAAAACUUUUGAAGCGUUAUCUGACGCAUAUGGACAUACCCUAACUUUGUUGAAAACGUAUUAUGAACAUUCAAAUAUAGUAAUUUAUCAAAAAUUGUCGGGUUUCAUUAAAAAGUGAGUUUUUAGGUCCUUAACAAAUAGUUAGUUUUAAAUUGUUGAAAUGUUUCUAGUGAGCUUCAAAAAGUUGUGGAAGCUCGUGCACAUUUCGAUAACAUGUCUCAAUCGAUGGACGAAGCUUUGAUUAAAAACGCAAGUGGAAGUCGGCAAAAACCCGCUGACGCAGCUGAUGGCAGAAAUGCUCUAACUGCGGUGAUUUUUGAGCACACAAAGUUAAACUGAAAAAAUAAAACUGUUUACUUUAUAGGUCGGUGCCUGUUUUGCUCAUACCACUCUCGACUAUGUUGCCCAAAUCAAUAUUGCCCAUGCGCACAAAGACCAUAUGAUUUUGGAAGCGGUGAGUUUUUUUUUCAAAAUCAGAUUUUCAUGCUGAAAAUUGAGAGUUCCAAAUGUAUUUUUCCCCAAAUUUCCUCAUUUCGAUAAUUUUCACUUAAAUUACAUUUUCUAAUCUAGAUGUCGUAAAGCUUUAUUUUGAAAUUUAAAUUAAAAAGAUAGAAGUGAAACGUGGCAGCUUGAAGUAUUCUGAAUUUUCUUUAUUUUUUCACAAUCUCAUUUGGAAACCUAUUUUGAAAAUUUAAAAAUUCAAAUGUUCGAACUAUUUUUCAAAAAUCAAAGUGAUUUUUUCAAAGGAUUUGGGAACUCAAAAAAUAAUGAAAUGUUCCAUGAACUAGAAAAUUUAUCAAAAUAAUUUUAGCUCUGGACAUUUGUUCGAGAAUCUUCCGCAUUCUUCUCAAAAGGUCAUGCAACUUUCGAUGAAUGGACCGCAGCAGAUAAUGGUUAUGUUGCUGAUACAAUUCAUACAUUCGCAUCAAAAUCUAAACUUGUUGAGAGGAAAAUGCAAGAUGUUCAUUCGCUUGUGCCAAAGGUGAGUGUCCAAACUGAUAAUUUCUUCUUAUCUUUUCCGUCGUUUACACCAACAAAAACGAACAGUCAUCGUGCUUUGUUUUCUUUCGUUUUCCAACAAUUUUAUUUCUAAAAAUAAAAUUUAAAAUUUUUUUGAAAAAAAUGAAUUUAUUGAAAUCUAUUAGACGAAAAUAUCGAAAGAUUCAGCAAUUCCGGAAGGUACAUUUUAAAUAAUUAAUUUUUUAGAGAUGAAAUUCUAAAUUCUUUAUAGGAAAUGUUCCAACAUCCAAGUGGAAUGCCAAUUGAUGCUGAUGUUAUGAUGGAAGGAUAUUUAUAUAAAAGAUCAUCGAAUGCAUUCAAAACUUGGAAUCGAAGAUGGUUUCAAAUUAAGGAGAAUAAAUUGUUAUAUUCGCAUAGAUCAAAUGAUGUUGAACCAUCGACUGUUAUGGAAGAGAAUUUGAUGUUAUGUUUAGUUCGACCAGCACCACCAAAUAUUGAUCGAGUUGGAUGUUUUGAACUUGUUACACCAACUCGAAGUCAUUUACUUCAAGCUGAUUCAGAAUCACUUUGUAAUGAUUGGAUGAGAGCAUUACAACGAACUAUUUUAGCAUUACAUGAAAGUGAUAAUGGAUUUAUAAAUAGUUCAAGAGGUUCUGCAACUGUUCCAUCGACUAGUAAAACUGAAACUGAUCUCAAUAAAAAUCGUAGUUUAUCCGAUCCAAUUGAUUCAAGUAGUCCAAGAUCAACAUCAUCGAAUACUUCAACAAUUAAUCAAGAAAAUAAUGGAAAAUUAUCAACUUUUGAACAAAUUCGACGAGUUGAGGGAAAUGAAAAAUGCGCAGAUUGUGGAUCAGCUUCUCCUAAAUGGGUUAGUAUAAAUAUCGGAGUUAUAUUAUGUAUUGAAUGUUCGGGAGUUCAUCGAAGUCUUGGUGUUCAAAUGUCUAAAGUUCGAUCAUUGACAAUGGAUUCGAUUGAUGGAGAAUUGAAGGAUGUAUUAUUGGCAUUAGGAAAUAAUCGAGUGAAUUCGAUAUUUUUAAAAUAUUUGCCAGAAACUGAUAUUAUACCACCACCAGCAAAUGAAACAUCGACAAGACAAGUAAGAGAAGCAUGGAUUAAAGCAAAAUAUGUUGAGAAAAGAUUUGCAAAAAAUACAAAAGCGAAGAUAUCUAUCAAUAAAUCAGCAUCAUACAAAGAUGUUCUAGAUGCUUGGUCAGCUGAUCUUUCAAUGCCUUUACCAACAAUUCCAACUAAACGACUAUCAUCUUGUGGAUCAGAUACCGCACUAGAUCUUGUUGGAGAAUCUGAAGUAUUGAAAGAUGAUUGGAAACAUGUUAAAGAAUCUUGCGAAAAUGGAAAUAUUUUAGGAUUAUUGGAGGCAUUUUCACAAGGUUUUGAUUUGAAUGCGCACCAUGAAGGAACUACCGCUCUACAUAUCGCUACAAAACAUGUAAGUUAUCUUUUUAAAAAGUCAGCUAACUUUUUUCUAUUACUUAUCUCUACAGGGUCACACCGGAACUGUCGAAUUUCUAUUGCUGAAUGGCGCGAAAAUCAACAUGUUGGACGAAAAACUCAACACUGCUUUACAUUUGGCCGCCCAGGAGGGUCAUACACUGUAAGAUUAGAAAUUGUUUUUUUUUUUCAAAUUUCGAAACCCAUAUUUUUCAGGCAAGUUUGUCAAUUGUUAAAACGCGGCGCGGAUGGAAAUUUGACGAAUGUUGAUAGUAAAACACCGUUGGAUAUUGCAAUGGAAGGCACACAUGCUGAUAUUGUGACGUUGUGAGUUUUUAUCUGUAUGAAAUUCAGAAGCUUGGUGUUCUUAAACUUGUCACGUGGUUUUUAAAUUAAGUUUUUGAAUCUUCAUGAAAUUACAUAGUCACACACCUCAUAAGUAUAGCUUCAAUGUUUUUUGUUUAAAAAAAACGCCUAGUUUUUAAAAACUGCGAUAUUUUUAAUGCGGUGCCCAAAUAGAAAAAUAUUGCAAUAUAAAGCGGUUUUUGAUAAACACCAAAUUGUAGUAAUUAGAUUUAUUAUAUGCCUGAAUUCUAAAAGAAAUAACCGUGACAGGAUUUUGAUUAUCAAAAACAGAUUAUCUGAAUUUAUGAAAAAAAAACAGUAAUUUUUUUUCAAAUUUCGAGUUAAAAAUUCAAGAUCACUUCACUCGUUUCGAGAAACCCGAAUCUUCCUGUUUCCCAACAAACCCUAUUUCUAAUUUCAGAUUCCGCGUUACAAUAAUGCGAAACGAAUUCAAUGACUACAACAAUCCCAUGGAUGAAACUGUCGAUGUUGUAAUAUCAGAUAUUGCGAAUCGAGCUGCCAACGAAAAAUUAAACAAAUCCGAGUAG